AUGUCUGAAACAACCAUCACGUAUACGGGUGAUACGAACAAUGCUGCAAAACCAGUCAGCUAUGAUGUCAAUCACCCUUAUCAUCUCAACAACUCUGAUUCACCUGGAAUGACUCUAAUCAACACUAUGUUUAAUGGAAGAGGAUACCCAGGGUGGAGGAGAUCUAUUCUCCUGUCUUUGUUAGCCAAGAAGAAACUUGGUUUCAUCAAUGGAGCAUGUCUAUCUCCAGACCAUGAACAAUGGAGUUGUGUGAAUGACAUGGUCAUCUCUUGGAUCCUAAAUGCUCUCUCAAAGGAUAUUGCAGACAAUGUGAUAUACUCCAAAGCUGCAAAAGAACUUUGGGACAGCUUGGAGCAGAGAUUUGGGAGAUCAAAUGGAGCCAAGCUUUAUCAUCUGCAGAAGGAGUUAUCAGGAAAGGCAAAGUUGACUAAGUUUCUUGAGGAUCAGAGAUUGAUCAAAUUUCUAAUGGGAUUAAAUGACAUCUAUGCACAAGCAAGAGGAAAUAUCCUCAUGAUAAACCCUUUGCCUAGAAUGGAUAUUGCUUAUUCACUUCUCUUGCAAGAUGAAAAUCAAAGAGAAGUUUAUGCAAAUGCACAUUUUAAUUCUGAUUCAGUAUCAGUCAUGGCAACUGGAGAGGCCAAGCAGCCUAAUGCACAACUUCUAGCUGAUUUUGCAGCUUUUAUGAUCACAUGA